GGCACCGCAGUAUCUCGCCUGCGAGGCUGGGAUGGGGUUGUCCCCGGGGUGCUCCCAAACAUCCCUAACACACACGCACAAAUGCGCUGCGGCCGAACCUAGGGCAGUAGGCUAGGCUAAAGAAGUCUAUGGAAGUAGAAGCCAGCACCAGAUCCCGGUUCCCUGCGGGACCCUGGCAGUUGGGCAGGUGACCUCCAGGACACAGAUGGAGAGUCUCCAGAGACAGAGGCUUUAAUGGACGAAACUCUCAAUAACCAGCUUCAGAUCCUAAUAAGGAAUCAGUGGACGAAGCUCACCUCUUCAUACUUACACUUAAUCAUCCCACCCCUUUCCCUUCCAGGUCACCAUGUCUGCAGGCAAUGGCACCCCUCAGGGGUUAGCGGAGGAGGAGGUCUGGGCGGGAUCAGGAGUAGAGAUAGAGGGCUCAGAGCUGCCCACCUUCUCAGCUGCAGCCAAGGUCCGAGUGGGAGUGACUACUGUGCUAUUCAUUUCUUCAGCUGGAGGGAACCUGGCUGUCCUGUGGUCAGUGACUCGACCACAACCCAGCCGACUCCGUCCCUCUCCUGUACGACGACUUUUUGCACACUUAGCAGCUGCUGACUUACUAGUCACAUUUGUGGUUAUGCCUCUAGAUGCCAUCUGGAAUAUCACUGUUCAGUGGCUGGCCGGGGACAUCGCAUGUCGGACACUCAUGUUCCUGAAACUAAUGGCCAUGUAUGCUGCAGCUUUCCUGCCUGUGGUCAUUGGACUUGACCGUCAGGCAGCCGUACUCCACCCGCUUGGACCCCGCCCAGCUGGAAGGAAACUUCUAGGGGCAGCCUGGGGACUUAGUUUCCUGCUUGCCUUGCCCCAGCUGUUCCUGUUCCACACUGUCCGCUGAGCUGGUCCAGUCCCCUUCACUCAGUGUGUCACCAAAGGCAGUUUCAAGGCUCGAUGGCAAGAAAUCACCUACAACCUCUUCAACUUCUUCUGCCUCUUUCUGCUGCCGCUGACUGCCAUGACCAUCUGCUAUAGCCGCAUUGUCCUCAGUGUGCCUAGUCCCCGGACAAAGAAGGGGAACCACGCCCCUGCCGGCGAAUUUGCCCUCCAUCGCUCUUUAGACAAUUGCUCCCGUGUUCGUCUGCGGGCCUUGAGACUGGCCCUACUCGUCUUGGUGACUUUCAUCCUCUGCUGGACACCUUAUUACCUGCUGGGCCUGUGGUACUGGUUCUCUCCCACCAUGCUAACUGAAGUCCCCCCAAGCCUCAGCCACAUCCUUUUCCUUUUUGGCCUCCUCAAUGCUCCUCUGGAUCCUCUCCUCUAUGGGGCCUUUACCCUUGGCUGCCAAAGAAGGCAUGAAGAAGUCUGUACAGACUCUUCCAGGGAAAAAGGUUCUGAGAGAAUGCCCCAACAGGAGAUUCAAGCCCUUAGAAAGCUGCAAGUACAAACAAGUAUGGCAGCGGAAGGACAGGAGAAACAAAAGGACAUUCCUAUAACAUCCAUCAGCACGGUACGGAGUAUAUAGGAACAAACUAACUAUGCUUUAAUAUCACAAGGACACAUCACUUCCACCCCUGCUCUCUUAGCUUCCAAGAAAAAGAAGUACUGAGCAGUGUCUCUACUUUGAUCCUAGCUAAGACUUGAGA